UCCAUCAAGGCUGCAGCAUCAACGCUGAUGUCUUCUUAAGGGCAGGACCAGAUUUUGUGCAGGGGGAUGCUCUGCAGCUUCACACCAACCAAUUUGGAAAUACCCAGCUCCCAAGAACAUCUGACUCAUUCGGUUCUCCUUUUUGCCCGUCCCCAAACAAGUGGAAGCACAGAAACCGGCAGCAUGUCCUCCAACGUGUCCUCCGGGGCAGCCAAAAGCAAGCCCCUUUCCCCUUUCAGGAAGCGCGGAAGCCUGCAGUACACAGCCAGUACGGUCGACCUCCGCGGUGCUCGCCACCUCCUCACUCCCCAGCAUUCCUUGCCUGGGAUCCCCGUUGCUUUAAAACAGUCCAUAGAUCUGCGCACGUCCAUGGACGGCAAGUACAAGGAAAUUGCUGAGGAACUGUUCUCACGCAGCCUGGCAGAUAGUGAGAUGCGAAGUGCUCCUUAUGAAUUCCCAGAGGACAGCCCCAUUGAACAGCUUGAGGAGAGACGCCAACGCCUGGAGCGGCAAAUCAGCCAGGAUGUCAAGUUUGAACCAGACAUCUUGCUGAGAGCCAAACAGGAGUUUAUGAAAACAGACAGUGCCACAGAUCUCGAAUACAUGAAGCAGCAGAACCAAGCGCCAGACCUGCUGGAGAGAGAGCUGCUCCCAGAAAGAGAGUACCAGCGAGUCACGAUCUCUGGAGAGGAGAAAUGCGGCGUUCCAUUCACGGACUUGUUGGAUGCUGCAAAGUGUGUGGUGAAAGCCCUGUUCAUAAGACAGAAGUAUAUGGGCCUAUCACUGCAGAGCUUCUGCAGGACCACCGCCCGAUACUUGCAAGAGCUAAGCGAGAGACCCCUCGACUUGACUAUCUAUGAGGAGGAACUCCAAGAGGCGACGGAGGCCACUGUCACAGCCGAUGCCACGGUGCACCCACCUGUUUCGGGAACGCACCCCUAUAAAAACAAGGACCCGACCUGCAUGCCCCCUGACAUGCGCUAUGGCUGCAAGAUGGUGGAUGGCGUCAUGCACGUGUACACAUCAACAGAGACGAUGGACAAGAGCACAGAGCUGGAGCUGCCAUAUCCGGACCUGCAGGAGUACAUCGCUGACAUGAACGUCAUGAUGGCCCUCAUCAUCAAUGGACCAGUGAAGUCCUUCUGCUACCGUCGCCUGCAAUAUCUAAGUUCCAAGUUCCAGAUGCACAUCCUCUUGAAUGAAAUGAAAGAAUUGGCAGCGCAGAAAAAAGUCCCGCAUCGAGACUUCUACAACAUCCGGAAGGUUGACACCCAUAUCCACGCCUCCUCCUGCAUGAACCAAAAGCACCUUUUGCGCUUUAUCAAAAGAGCCAUGAAGAAGUAUCCUCGGGAGAUCGUGCAUGUGGAGAGAGGGAAAGGUCAGACACUCAUGGAAGUAUUCGAGAGUAUGAACCUGACGGCUUUUGACCUCAGUGUGGACACUUUGGACAUGCAUGCGGACCGCAACACUUUCCAUCGGUUUGACAAGUUCAAUGCCAAAUACAAUCCCAUUGGCGAAUCCAUCUUGAGAGAGAUCUUCAUCAAAACGGACAAUCACGUCGAAGGGAAAUACUUUGGUCACAUUAUUAAGGAAGUGAUGGCCGACCUGGAGGAGAGCAAGUACCAGAACGUGGAGCUGAGGUUGUCCGUGUACGGACGCUCCAGAGACGAGUGGAACAAGCUUGCCAAGUGGGCCGUCAAACAUCAAGUCUACUCGGACAAUGUGCGCUGGCUUGUACAAAUGCCCAGACUUUUUGAUGUCUACCACAGCAAGAAGCAGCUGUCCAACUUCCAGGAGAUGCUGGAGAACAUUUUCCUGCCUCUUUUUGAAGUCACAAUCCACCCAGGCAAACAUCCGGAGCUGCACCUCUUCCUUCAGCAUGUUGUUGGUUUUGACAGUGUGGAUGAUGAGUCCAAGCCAGAGCAGCAUAUCUUCAACCUCGACAGCCCGCUGCCGGCCAGCUGGACGGAUGAGGACAAUCCGCCCUACUCCUACUACCUCUACUAUAUGUAUGCAAACAUGACCGUUCUGAAUCACCUGCGCAGGUCUGGUUUCAUGUUGUCAGAGAACAUCUCCCACGGGCUGCUGCUUCGGAAGGCUCCUGUGCUUCAAUAUCUGUACUAUUUGGCUCAGAUUGGCAUCGCCAUGUCUCCGCUCAGCAAUAACAGUCUGUUCCUUAGCUAUCAUCGUAAUCCUCUGCCAGAGUACCUCUCCAGAGGCCUCAUGGUCUCCCUGUCCACAGACGAUCCCUUGCAAUUUCACUUUACUAAGGAGCCCCUGAUGGAGGAGUACAGCAUUGCGGCUCAGGUGUGGAAGUUGAGCUCUUGUGACAUGUGUGAGCUGGCCAGAAACAGCGUGCUCAUGAGCGGAUUCUCUCAUAAGGUGAAGAGCUACUGGCUCGGGCCCGACUAUGUCAAAGAAGGCCAAGAGAGCAACGACAUCAGGCGCACUAACGUUCCGGACAUCCGCGUGGCGUAUCGCUACGAGACCAUGUGCGAGGAGCUCAAUUUGAUAACGCAAGCCAUUCGUACGGACGAGAUGGACACCAUUGAGGAGGAAGAGAGUCUGAGCAUGGCUGCCACCCAAGGAAAGCAAUGAACUCUCACCGUAGUUUCCCUGCAUCACAACUUUGGUACACACUUGUGUAAAAAUAAUUCAACGACUGUGGGAAAUUGAGAAAGGGCACAUACUGGGUUGCGUUUAGCUGGUUGUUUAUUUCCAUGAGUUGGUCAUUGUGACGUCUCCAAAUCUUUUUAGGUUAUUUUUAUAUUAUGUGUUGAUGGCCAUAUCUUGUCAGCUUUUCUGUACUGUUGUAAACCUCAGAAGCAACAUUCAAACCGUUAUAGACGUGACAUCUCAUUGCUGUUCAUUUGGUUAUUAUUCACUCUUCUCAGUGACAGUUUGAAAGAUGUCAUUGAUUGUCUCCAGCAACAAUGCAAGCGCCUGAAGAAUUCAUCCGUGUUCACUUGUGCUGCUCGUGUGAUGAAGCAUGCUGUGUCCUUGUAAACAGGUCAACCAUUGCCAAAGCCAUCAGUACAUUCAUUUUUUUGAGGAAAUGAAAGUCAGUUGAGAAACUUUUGUCGUGUCAUUCAAUGAGUUUUGGUCUUUGUGCAAAGUACAAGUUGUAUUUCAAGGGCAUGCUUGUCUUCUCCCAGGGUGUUCCUGUACUGUAUGUGAAAUUAAAGUUAAUGUUGCCUGUGUUGAUCUAUAAAUAAAUAUCCACACUUAA